AAGGUGAUGGGGAUUUUUAAAGGAGUGAACGGGCGUGAGGCCUCCCUCCCGGAUGCCUGACCAAAAUAACUGCAGUCGAAGCGACAGGGGGCCUCCCGCCCGGAUGCCUGACCAAAAUAACGGCAGUUGUUCCUCGCCAGGCGUCUUCCGGCCGGGUUAAGGGACACUCCAAGAGGCGGGAGGGUGCGGACGGACCCAGGAUCCCGGCGGCCCCCACCCCUCCCCCGUCUGCGGCGUCAGGUCCGGAUCCGUGGUUCUCCCACCGUGGGAAGACCCCCCCCCCCCAGGAGGGGAUCUGUCGACGCCGCGCCUGGCGCGGGGUGGGGAACAUGGGCGCCUCGGCCUCCAGGGGUCGGCCCGCCCGGGUCCCCGCGCCGGAGCCCGAACCCGAGGAGGCGCUGGACCUGAGCCAACUGCCGCCCGAGCUGCUCCUGGUGGUGCUGAGCCACGUGCCCCCACGCACGCUGCUGGGGUGCUGCCGCCGGGUGUGUCGGGGCUGGCGCGCCCUGGUGGACGGCCAGGCCCUGUGGCUGCUCAUCCUGGCCCGGGACCACGGCGCCCUGCUGCCGCUCGCCCGCAGCUGCCUGCCCCCCGCCCGCGACGGCCGGCCCUGCCUCCUGGGCCGCUUCUGCGAGCGCCGACCGAUCGGACGCAACCUCAUCCGCAAUCCCUGCGGCCAGGAAGGCCUCCGGAAAUGGAUGGUGCAGCACGGUGGGGACGGCUGGGUGGUGGAGGUAAACAGGUCAACGGUGCCUGGGGCCCCCUCGCAGACCUGCUUCGUGUCUUCCUUCAGCUGGUGUCGCAAGAAGCAGGUCUUGGACCUGGAGGAGGAGGGCUUAUGGCCAGAGCUGCUAGAUAGUGGCAAGAUUGAGAUUUGUGUCUCCGACUGGCCUCCCUCCCUCCACAGGUGGGGAGCCCGACACGACAGUGGCUGUAUGUACCGACUCCUUGUCCAACUUCUAGAUGCCAACCAGACGGUCCUGGAUAAAUUCUCUGCCAUGCCUGUUCCCAUCCAGCAGUGGAACAACAAUGUCUGCUUUCAGAACCUGGGACCGUUGGCCAGGCCUUCUCAUGAACCAAGGACAUGUACCUCCUGGCAUCCUGGAUACUCCAGAAUCCGUUCGAGGGUCCUGCUGGGCCCCCCUCUUCAGGUUCUGGAAACUGCUAGAAGGAAGAAAGUUCCUCCAUCACAUCUACCUACUGCUGUUGUAGGGCAGGGGGGACGACACAGGUGAGCACCCAGGAAUGCUGGUCCUGGAGAGGGCUCUUCACCCUCACCCCGGAGGUCCUCUGAUUCAACCCCAACCCCCCUCUACCCUUGUCUCCUCUUGUUUCUGCUUCGGGGGGUUCAUUGGUCCCUUUUGGGCACCCCCCUCAUCUCUGAAGUAGAAUCUUGUCCUCGUGGCUGGGAAGAUUCCAGACACCUUGGGUGACGAACUUCACCUCCUGAAGCUUCGGGGUUGGGACCAGAUCUCGCAGUUGAAAGUCAACUAGCUCAAAAAACGUUUGGAGAUCCUCAAGGACCCCUGGGAUUGUGUGGUGUAUAAAAUUAUUUUUUACUUUGAAACGUUUCGCGAACGUUGGGAGAAUAAUAUAUCCGCAACGGCUACCUGCCGGUCACAUGGAAUAAAUUUAUUAUUUUGCCAAAAGUA